GUUUCGUCUGCAGGACAAACUGAAGUUUGAUGUGUCUAACCUAAAAGAAAACAAUGAGCUUCUUUCUCAAAACCUUUCUAAAGCUGAAAGUAAAUUCAAUACUCUAGAAAUUGAGCUCCAUCACACAAGAGAUGCUCUCAGGGAAAAGACUUUGGCUUUAGAAUGUGUACAAAGAGACCUAAGUCAAACACAGUGUCAGAAAAAGGAAAUGAAACACAUGUAUCAAAAUGAACACGGAAAGCAGGAAUCCUUAGAGGAGAGAUUAUCUCAACUACAAAGUGAAAAUAUGUUGCUUCAACAGCAACUAGACGAUGCUCACAACAAAGCUGCCAGUAAAGAAAAUGUCGUAAUUAAUAUCCAAGACCAGUUUCAGGAUAUCAUAAAAAAACUUCAAGCUGAAAGUGAAAAACAAGGUCUUUGGCUGGAAGAAAGAAAUAAAGAGUUAAUCAAUGAAUGUAAUCUUUUAAAAGAAAGAAUGUAUCAGUAUGAAAAGGAGAAAGCAGAAAGAGAAGUAGCCGUGAGACACCUUCAGCUAGAACUGGCUGAUGCCCUAAAAAAACAGUCUAUGUCAGAGGCUUCACUGGAGGUUACAUCACGUUGCCGUAUUAAUUUAGAAGAUGAGACACAGGAUUUGAGGAAGAAAUUAGGUCAAAUCAGACGUCAGGUAUGUUUUGAAUGUGAAAAUGACAAGUUAAAAGUUACAGUCAAAAAACAAGAGGGCAAAAUCGAACAACUUCUGGAAAACCUGUUAAGUACAAGUUCGGUUGAUGAUCUUACAGCAAAACUGGAAAGUGCAUCUUCAAAAUGUCUAUACCUGGAUGCAAAAAACCAGCUUCUUACCCAGGAGUUAUCAUCUAUGAAGGAAAUGCAGAAGAAAUAUGAAAAACUAGAGAAGAAUAAAAAGAAGUUGAAACAACAAGUAGUACACCUCAGAAGUCAUUUAGAACUCAGUAUGGUGGAAUACAGUAAAAUAGAACAAUAUAAAUGGGAGCUUGAAGAAAGAAUAAGAUUGGACAUAACAGAAAAAUUAAAAGAAGCCAGUCUGUUUUUACAGACACAAGUAGCAUCUCAAGAAAGGUUAGGACAGUUAAGAGAAACUAAUAAUGCUUCAAUAAGAAGUCAAAUGGAACUCCGAAUUAAAGAAUUGGAAUUUGAACUAUCCAGAAUGAAAAGUUCUCGAGAUUUUUAUAAAACAGAAUUGGAAAAACACAAGCAACUCUACGUAGAAGAAUUAAAAGUUCAAACGUCAUUGACAAAUGAACUGAGCAAGACUAAUGAGAAGCUGGCAGAGAGCAGUACCAGACUUCUGGUGGAGAAACAGCAAAAACAGUCUUUGAUUAAUACUAUUACUAUGAGGCCUGUCCUAGACUUGCCUUCUGUUAGAAAUAUUAAUAAUAGUUCACUGCUCAAUAGAAAUGUUGCUCCAAGAGAAAACCUAGUGAUUCUUACCCCACGCUCACGGCCUACAAAUAAUGGCAUUGAGACUUUCUUGACCAAGGUUAGUUAUGUUAUCUUUUUUUCUUGGGUUUCAGAUUUCUGAUAGAAUUUUUGUUUUUAAUUUGGUGAAAUUCUAAGACUACUUUCAGGGAUCAUUUCUAUAGUUUGUUAAUUUGGUGAAAUUCUAAGACUGUACUUUCAGGGAUCAUUUCUAUAGUUUGUUAAUUUGGUGAAAUUCUGAGUUGUUUAACUGACUAAUGCACACUAAGUGAAAGUCAUAAUUAUAUGUGCUAAUAAAGAAAUGAGACAGAAAUUUUAUGAUAUUUUUUUAGUUCCUGGAGCUCUUACUUUCAAGAGAUACCUAUUAUUAGCUUUAUUUAAUAAAUAUAACUAAACUGACAUAUUUUAUUAUUUU